UUGAUUUUCCCGGAACAUCAUCCGGGAAUUCACAGCCUUUGCCUUUCCCCGUUUUUCAUUUCUCCUUCUUCUCAACAAUGGGGGCCUGUUGCAGCAUAGAUGCCAAAUUUGGAACGUCAAGGGAUGUAGAAGACGACCAUGUGGAAGACAGGGAUUACGACCGUGAGGAGGAGGAUGAUACUAGAAUCGGCGAUGGUGGGGCCAUUAUCAGGUUCCAGGGAUCUACUUGGUUCACAUCAAUGUAUACCCGUCAGGGCAGAAAAGGUGUCAACCAAGAUUCCCUCACUAUUUGGGAGAACUUCACCGGGGAGAAACAGAUGUAUUUUUGUGGUGUGUUUGAUGGCCAUGGUCCCUCUGGUCACAAGGUUGCGCGCCAUGUACGUGACAAUUUACCUUUGAAGAUUUCUAGAAUAAUCAAGCAUUCGAAAUGCAGCAAAUACAACAGUGCCGGAGAAAGUUAUUCUGGUAAUGGUAGUGGCACAAAAGAGAGUGAAGCUGAUGAUUAUCGUCAAAAUCCAUUCUUUACAUCCUGGGAGAACAAUUUAACACAAGCGUUUGAAGAAUUGGACGAAGAAAUUUGCCUCGACAACUCUCUUGAUAGUUUCUGCAGUGGUAGUACUGCUGUAACUGUCAUUAAACAGGGUGAGCAUUUGAUAAUUGCCAACUUGGGGGAUUCCCGUGCAAUUCUUUGUACUAGAGGUGAUAAAAGCCAACUUGUUCCCGUACAACUUACAGUUGAUUUGAAGCCUAGUUUACCAAGUGAGGCUGGCAGAAUCCUAAAUGCCGGGGGCAGGAUUUUUGCAAUGGAUGAAGAACCAAGUGUGUUUAGAGUAUGGAUGCCAGAGGAAGACUGCCCUGGCCUAGCCAUGGCCAGGGCUUUCGGUGAUUUCUGCCUUAAGGAUUUCGGCCUCAUCUCCAAUCCUGAGGUUUAUUAUCGAAAGAUUACAAGAAAAGAUGAAUUUGUAGUUCUGGCAACAGAUGGGAUUUGGGAUGUGUUGACGAACAAUGAUGUCAUCAGGAUAGUUGCUUCUGUAAAGAACCGAGGGAUGGCAGCUAAAAUUCUGGUGUAUUACGCUGUCCGGGCGUGGAGAAGUAAGUAUCCAGGAUCCAAGGUAGAUGAUUGUGCAGUUGUAAUCUUGUUCUUGAAGAAGCGACCAUUGAUAGCCAAAUCCAAGUCUAGCUCGAGCCAGAGCGGUAUAAGUCAUCAGAGUCUGGAUUCUUCAGUUCCUCUAGGCUCUGGAGACAAGAAGUGUGAUGAAGGCGAGACAGUACUAGAUUGCCAGAUUGAUCAAGAGAAGAUUGAUAAAUUGAAAGCAAGUGGUGCUGCUCGGUUUGGCAGUUUGAGCAGGAGGAAAACAACCAAGGAUUUGCAAAGUGAUCAGAUUCAAUGAUGAUCUCCUUAAUCUUUUUUUUUUUUCCUUAAAUCUGAUUUUUUUUUUCUGGGUCAUUGAAAGAGAUGCAGGUGCACAUUGGUGGGGGGACAGAAAGAAAUAUACGAUUCAAUUCAUU